AGAGUGGGAAAGCGCCAGCCUAGAGAGCAGCCAGCCAGUGUGGGGUUGGCCAUGUAAGGGCCCCAGGAGGUCCUGCCCGUCCCGUGCCCUGCGGAAAGCCUCGUGCAGCCCUGGGCACCGCCCCUGCCCUGCCCUGACCCCUUGGCCUCAAAAUGCUGUCAUCGGAGGAGCCGUCCCGCUCGGGACAAGGCCAGGAUGGACAAAGCUAGAGCUUGGGCAGGCGAGGAGCCAUCCUGUCCUCGAGGCCGUGGGAAGAGAAGCACGCACCGGGGCCCACUCCUGAGAGCCUCUCCGCCCACCCGGCCUCUGCAGAAGGGCCACUAUGGCUCUGGCCGGAGCCGGCAGCCAGCUGGGGACCCUGGUGUGGGGAGCCUGCCUGUGCGUCCUGGUGCACGGGCAGCAAGAGCAGCCAGGACAGGGCUCGGACCCAGGACGCUGGCGGCAGCUGAUCCAGUGGGAGAACAACGGGCAGGUGUACAGCUUGCUCAAUUCGGGCUCUGAGUACGUGCCUGCGGGGCCCCAAAGAGGGGAGAGUAGCUCCAGGGUGCUACUGGCAGGCGCGCCCCAAACGUCGCAGCGGCGCAGUCAGGGAGGACCCCGGCGUCGGCAGGCGCCGAACCUGCCCCUGCCCGGACGCGUGGGUUCGGACACUGUGCGCGGCCAAACGCGGCACCCGUUCGGCUUCGGCCAGGUGCCAGACAACUGGAGAGAGGUGGCCGUCGGGGACAGUAACGGGAUGGCUCGGGCCCGCACCUCCGUCUCCCAGCAACGGCACGGGGGCUCCGCCUCCUCCUCGGUUUCGGCCUCGGCCUUCGCCACCACUUAUCGCCAGCCAUCCUCCUACCCGCAGCAGUUCCCCUAUCCGCAGGCGCCCUUCGUGAACCAAUAUGAGAACUAUGACCCCGCGUCGCGGACCUAUGAACAGGGCUACGUGUACUACCGCGGUGCGGGCGGAGGCAUGGGCGCAGGGGCGGCGGCGGCAGCUGUAGCCUCGGCUGGGGUCAUCUAUCCCUUCCAGCCCCGGGCACGCUACGAGGAGUACGGCGGUGGGGGCGAGGAACAGCCCGAGUACCCGGCGCAGGGCUUCUACCCAGCCCCAGAGAGGCCCUAUGCGCCCCAGCCCCAGCCUCAGCCCCAACCUCAGCCGCAGCCUCAGCCCCAACCUUCCGACGGCCUUGACCGUCGUUACUCGCAUAGCCUGUACAAUGAAGGCACCCCGGGAUUCGAGCAGGCCUACCCUGAUCCCAGCACCGACGUGUCGCAGAUCCCCGCCGGGGCCGGUGGCACCUACGGUGCCGCUGGCGAUCCCCGUCUCGGCUGGUACCCGCCCUAUGCAGCCAAUGUGCCUCCCGAGGCCUAUGUCCCUCCGCGUGCGGUGGAGCCGCAGCCCCCAUUCCGCGUGCUGGAACCACCUUACUUGCCUGUGCGAAACUCUGAUGCGCCCUCCCAGGGUGGGGAGAGGAACGGUGCCCAGCAGGGCCGUCUCAGCGUGGGUAGUGUGUACCGACCUAACCAGAAUGGUCGCGGCCUCCCUGACUUAGUCCCAGAUCCCAACUACGUGCAGGCAUCCACAUAUGUGCAGAGAGCCCAUCUGUAUUCCUUGCGUUGUGCGGCAGAGGAGAAGUGCCUGGCCAGCACAGCCUAUGCUCCUGAGGCCACCGACUAUGACCUCCGAGUGCUGUUACGAUUCCCCCAGCGUGUGAAAAACCAGGGCACGGCGGACUUCCUCCCCAACCGGCCACGCCACACCUGGGAGUGGCAUAGCUGUCACCAACAUUACCACAGCAUGGACGAGUUCAGCCACUAUGACCUACUUGAUGCAUCCACGGGCAAGAAAGUUGCCGAGGGACACAAGGCCAGCUUUUGCCUGGAGGACAGCACCUGUGACUUCGGCAACCUCAAGCGCUAUGCGUGCACCUCACACACGCAGGGCCUGAGUCCAGGCUGCUAUGACACCUACAAUGCGGACAUCGACUGCCAGUGGAUCGACAUAACAGAUGUGCAGCCUGGGAACUACAUCCUCAAGGUGCACGUGAACCCCAAGUACAUUGUUCUGGAGUCUGACUUCACCAACAACGUGGUGAGAUGCAACAUCCACUACACAGGUCGCUUCGUCUCUACAACAAACUGCAAAAUCGUCCAGUCCUGAUCUCAGUGGACGGAGCCCCCCUUGUCUCCCCUUGAAAAGCAGGACCUGCUUCCAGGCAGCCUCCCCCAAGAAGCAUAGCCGCCUAGCCGGAGGGCGAGGGCAGCUGGCCGCUGGGGCAUCCCUCCCUGCCGGCCUCAGGGAGUGAACAUGGACCAAACCCACAGGGAUUCUGGAUGCCAGACCCCGUUUUGUACCUAAGUCUCCUCUACAACACCAUUUUGUCUGUUGUUGGUUUUAAUUUUGAUGUUUUGGCCAUCCCACACAGCAAGAUUGCCCGGGUGCUUAAUAAAACAAGGGUUUUCUAGUCUGGAGUUCUGCUGUGCCCUGGUGGUUUGGCAAACCACAACUGGGUCAGGCCCAAGAGAUAUUCUGGGGUUUCAGUCUUUGUGUAGGAAAAUGUUGAAAGGGUGUCUGCUGGACGGCCAGGACUCCAGCAACUUCCAGGUUACCAACCAUAUCCAUCAUGGAAAUGCUGAAUUUAGUCCAAGGUCAUUCCUGGGUAGAUGACCCCAUCUCAUGGAAUGAGAGAAGAGGUGGUAGGUGGCUCCAGCUAUCUGUUCUGUCUUUCCCCUUUCGCCCAGUCUACCACCCUUUACUGCUCCUUCUUUCCUUCUCAGACUGUAGCUCACCAGCAGCACCAGCAGCAGCCGCCGCCCUGGGAACUAGCCACCCCUUUCACAGUGCUGAGCAGGCACCCUCCGGACAACUGGGGAGAGACAGAGAAGCCUUCAAGGGGGAAAGGGCUACCUUCCCAAAGAGAGAGGAACAUGAAUUCUUGGCGGAGGGGUGGAGGGGUUGGGCUUAGGUAGAGUAGUGGGCUUGGAGACUGUAGGGAGUGCAGGAUAGAGGAGCUCCACUGUCCUUCCCUGGAUUGGCAUUCUAGAACUCCUGGACACCAGUCCGGACCAAGAAGAAGUGGAGAGAGAAUGUCAACUCCUUUCCUCUUCUCCCACCAGCUCUCAGGAUUUCUUUCCACCCACCUGCCACUGCCAUUCUGGAGAAUAACUAAUAGGGAAGGAAAAGAGACUUGGCUCAGGGCUCUAGUUCAAGCUGUUUGAUGCUGGGCCAGGCAUGCUAUACCUCUGUGCCUCAGGUUUCAUCAUCAAUAAAAUGGAACUGUCCUCCAACCUGGCAAAGCCA